AUGUUCGUUUGUACCUUUGAGGGAAAUAGAAAAUACUAAAAUGUCCAAUAAGCAUUUUAAGAAUUAUAAUCUAAAUUUGAUAUUGUUAAAUUCUCAGAUGAAACUAACGUGGUUCCAUGGUUUCCCAGAGAUAGAAAUGAUCUUCAAUAUAUUGGACAAGAUUUGAUGCGUGUAGAAGAAGAUAAUUGUAAAGAUUCUUUAUAAUUCACUGAUACAGAAUAUAGAAAGAGAAGAGAUUAUAUUGCUUAGGUUUCUAAAAGUCACAUUUUAGGUUAGCCAAUUCCUAUUUUAGAAUAUACUGAAUAGGAAAAUUAAACAUGGAGAACUAUUUACAACAAGCUUAGCUCCUACCAUAAGGAUCUGUGCACUGACAGAUACAAUUAUAACAAAAGAUAACUAGAAAGGGAAUUAGGAAUAUAAAAUUAAAUUCCAUAGUUAAGAGAUUUAGAUGCUUAUCUUAGAUAAAAAACUAACUUCAAAAUUAAAGCCGCUCAUGGAAUUCUUUCUUAAAGAGAGUUUUUGAAUGCCUUAGCUCAUCGUGUGUUCUUUUCCACUUAAUAUAUUCGUCAUCACAAGACUGUAGAAUACACUCCUGAGCCUGAUAUUGUUCAUGAAGUCGUUGGACAUAUUCCUAUGUUUGCAGAUCCAGUAGUAGCAGAUAUAAGUCAAGAAAUCGGUUUAUUAAGCAUUGGCGCUAAUGAUGAAUAGUUGAGAAGACUUGGUAAUAUUUAUUGGUUCACUCUUGAAUUUGGUGCUUGUAAAGAAAAUGGUAAAAUGAAGGCUUAUGGAGCUGGUAUUAUAGGUUGCAUAGGUGAAUGCGAGCACUUCUUAAGUCAAAAUUCUAGAUUUAAAUACUUAGAUCCAUUCAAAGACUGUGAUCGUGAAUAUCCUAUUUAGAAAGUGUAACCAGUUUACUGUUAUACUAACUCAUUUGAAGAAUGCUUGGAAAGAUUAGUUAAAUUUGGAGAAUAAAUGAAAAAACCAAUGAAAACAUGGUAUGACUUCAACACAGAAACAAUCGAGUGUGACAGAAGAAUUAUUGCUACUGAUAAAUAUUAAUGA